GAAGUCUCCAGGGCAGAGAGGGAGUCAACUCAUUGGCGCUUGAGUCGGCAAAGAAAUCAAGAUGGCCAAAGUUCCUGACUUGUUUGAAGAUCUAAAGAACUGUUAUAGCGAAAAUGAAGAAUACAACUCCGCCAUUGACCAUCUCUCUCUGAAUCAGAAAUCCUUCUAUGAUGCAAGCUAUGGCUCGCUUCAUGAGAAUUGCACAGAUAAAUUUGUAUCUCUGAGAACCUCUGAAACAUCAAAGAUGUCCAGCUUCACCUUCAAGGAGAGUCGGGUGAUGGUGUCAGCAACAUCAAACAAAGGGAAGAUUCUGAAGAAGAGACGGCUGAGUUUCAAUCAGGCCUGUGCUGAAGAUGACCUGGAGGUCAUAACCCAUAAUUUCGAAGAGACCAUCCAACCCAGAUCAGCACCUUACACCUUCCAGAGUAAUUUGAGAUACAAAUUGAUAAGGAUCGUCAAACAGGGGUUCGUCAUGAAUGAUACCCUCAAUCAAAAUAUAUAUCUGGAUGUGGACAAAAUACAUCUCAAAGCUGCCUCAUUAACUGACCUGCAGCAUGAAGUAAAAUUUGACAUGUUCGCCUAUUCAUCUGGGGGAGACGACUCUAAAUAUCCUGUUACUCUAAAAAUCUCAGAUACUCAGCUGUUUGUGAGUGCUCAAGGCGAAGACCAGCCCGUGUUGCUGAAGGAGAUUCCAGAAACACCAAAACUCAUCACAGGUAGUGAGACCGACCUCAUUUUCUUCUGGAAAACUGUCAACUCUAAGAACUACUUCACAUCAGCUGCUUAUCCAGAGCUGUUUAUUGCCACCAAAGAACAAAGUCAGGUGCAUCUGGCACGGGGACUACCCUCCAUGACAGACUUCCAGAUAUCAUAAAAGCAGCCUUAUUUCAGAAGUCUACUUACUUGAGAAGUGCUGACAAUCUGUAUGUACCAUGUACAGGAACGUUCCUCACCCUGAGUCACUUGCACAGCAUGUGCUGAGUCUCUGUAAUUCUAAAUGAAUGUUUACCCUCUUUGGAAGAGAAGAGCAAAGCCUAAUGGAACCACCCCGACAUAUGAUACUAUUUGUUAUUCAAAGAGCACCCUAUAGUUUGCUCAGCACUAAUCAUCUUAAUUAUUCUUCUUCAUGGCAUUCUUAGGAGGAUCAAAAAGACUCUACCCAUAUUACAGAUGGAUUAACUAAAGGAUAAGAUAACUGAAAAGUACACUCAAUUGUAUUUGUAAUGGGAAUUCACAGACCCAUACAGCCAAUCUCAUUGUGCACUUUCUGCUUCUAAAAUGCCAAUUGAGUCGGAUAAAGUUAUAAGAACUUAAUGCUGUCAUUUUCAAAAGGAAGGGGACAAUAGCUACAUCUUUCCUACCUCAGUGGAUUUUAUUCCCGUGAGAUCAUUUGGAUGAAAUCCUCCUGUAACAGACCUCAAGAAGGAGACAGACUGUUGAAUGUUAUUUAUAAGUUAUUUUAUAUGUGUAUUUAUAAAUAUAUUUAUGAUAAUUAUAUUAUUUAUGGCACAUCCUUAAAUCCUCUGAGCUUGACAGGCAUCCUCAGCACAGGAUUUUUCUAGGAUGUCAGUUAGACGUAGUUUCCUCUAGAGCACCACGCUACAGACGUUACACUCUUUCCACAGCCGUGAAGCUCUCUCUACAUUCUUGUACCUGGGAGCCCUGUAAUCAUGUUCACUAAUCUGUAUUGUUUACUUUAUUCAUUUAAAAUGAUAAUUGGGUCAGUCUUUUGCUCUCCUGUGCUUAAAGCUGUCUGGUUAUUCUUACAUCAUUCAAUCUCACCUGUAAUUAAAGCCAACCAUCUAAAGACAGAAAGAACUUAACUGUGACAACCACGUCACUGUUACCUGAAGUUUCUUUGCUAGGAUGUAAUCAGUGUUUCCCCUGGGUUCCAAAUUUCUUCUGAAACCAUGGUGUCACAUAACUAUCAACAAUAAUAAACUCAUUAUUAUUGAUCAUAAUUAAAUAAAAAAAGUUUGAGCUG